AUGGCGGCAUCCGCAACGCCAGCUGUAGCCGAGCAGACGUCAACACCAGCAGCCUCGGGAAGGGGAAGCAUUCCUUUCGAAUUCUCGCAGCCUCCAGUCAUCGAAGGUUUCAGCCCUUCAACGAGUGCCAAAGAUGAGACCUUUAAAGAAAAGUUUAUGCGGAAAGCCAAGGACAACCCCUUUGUCCCAAUAGGUUGCGUGGGUACGGCAGGAGCGCUGAUGUACGGUCUCCGAGCGUUUCACCAGGGCAAAACCAGGCAGUCGCAAUUGUUGAUGCGGGGCCGCAUCUUUGCCCAAGGCUUCACAGUCGUUGCCAUAGUCGUCGGCGUCGUAGCUGCCACAGCCAAGCCCAAACAGUGA